ACAUGAUGUAUAUAAAAAAUCGCUACCGGCCAGCUCCGGGCGGGAUUAAGCUAGGCGUAGAGCUACUGCUCAAUUAACUACUUUAAACAGUAAUGAGAACUGUGAAAAAAUUGUAACUUGGAGCAUGGCAGAUACCACUCACAAUGAGGUGUUUGACAGGCUGAGUCAGAGCUUCAAAGAGAGCUCGCUGGGUCAGACAUCCUCUGUUGCUGGCCAGUCUCUGCUGAGUACCUCCCAGGCAGCAGGCAGUCAACCUGGCGGGAAACCUGACCAGAAGCUGCUCCAGUACAUCAGGUACAAGGAAUGGUUGGACACAGUGAAGCGGGACCAUGAAGCUGCCUUUGAAGCAAGGAGGGUGGUCAGUUCAGCCAAAGACCAGGAGCAGCUGGAUGAAAGGAUUCUGAAAUUCCAAAAAGAGCUGCUAAAAGAGUCUACAGUCCACUCUCUGAAGGAACUGGCACUAAGAAGACUUCAACUGAGUGACACCCUCCUGCAGAUCCUCUUCCCCACCUCCCCAAGCGGUUCAGCAGCCUCCCAGCAGAGGGACAAGUUCCGCGACCUGACCUCCAAACAGAGCGAGCUGGUCAGCGAGGUCAUAGGUCACCACAAGGUCUGCCAGCGAGUGCAAGACGAGCUGGACAGUGUGCAGAAGGAGUGUGUAGACUUAAAGAAGAGGAACAGAGACAUCAUGGCUGAGCUUCUCCAGACCAACAAGGAGAAAAACCAGCAAGCAAGUAACUAUGACAACGAAAAACACCGACAAGUGCAAGGGGAGAUCCAGCGGACGAUGUCCCACAUCCAGAUAGGCCGCAACAUCCUUCAAGGGCUGAUCCUCGGCAGCGGGGUGAAUUGGGCUGAAGACGGACAUCUCAAGGAGCUGAUGUUGAGCCUGGGACGGCCCGUGGAACUCUAGCCAACGGCGGGCGGCAUUUAGUUCACUUGCUCCAUUUUUAUCAUUCCACCCAGAAUACUUUGCCGUAGACAUCAGGCACUUCCCAAUCUUUCCAUCCUUUUUAUACUUGUGACCACUGGUCACACAGUUGCUGGUCAAAAACUAAGUCUACUUAAGGUCAUUUUGGCUGCACAGGGGAGUGUUAAUCUCUGGCGUCCUUGGCAUGAAAUGACUGACGAUACUUUUCCUUCUCCCCUGGACGGGAUGGUACACAGAACGCUCACAGAGCUCUCCUGGGCGGAGAGUGGCAAGUAGGGGCUCUCCUUGGACUGUAAUUUACAGCCAGCAGGUGGACUCCGAGCCAGUUGCCGGUACAGUUGGAGGAAUCGUGUGCAUGUUGCAAGGAAAUGCAAAGCAUUGUGGAUAAAGCUUUGUGAACCGACAUGGGUCAGCAACUUGUAAAGGUAACCCUUCGUGAUGAUAUCAAUCACUGCUGGACAACAGAUCACGGCCUUUUAAAGGGGUGUUGCAAAGGAUCUGACUGCAAAAACAAUUCAAAUCGCCACACUCGGUUCUGCAGUUUUAAAAUCUUGUCAGCUUUAUACACAUGUAAAUAAGUCUCUUUCGUAAAAGGUGUACAUGUUUUUCUAAAUUAUAUUCACAUUUGUUCAAACAACCAUCAUUGUUGUUAAGAACUGAGGAAAAUCUGUAGCCUGGCAGAGCAAAUGUGUCUGAACCUGUCAAUUCAAGAAAUGAGUGGAAUGCCCGUGUAGCUGUUACACAAAAACUUGUCAAGAUGUUAACUUUUCCUUAUUAAUGUGCUGCUCUUAAAGUUUCAAUGUUGAAUAAACAUUUUGAUUUUUUCACUAAUA